AAUUUAAAUACCACUGUGAACGCGCUUUAAUAGAGCACCCUAACCAAAGCAGUGCCGCAAAUUUUGCGUCAACGUUGUGUUCGCAUGUUUCAAUCGUUUGACACGAUAUUUGUGCGAUUUUUAGAUUUAGUAAAAAACGUAAACUAAACAUUCUGCGAUACUUAUCAAAUGUCAAAUUCUUUAAUUAAUUAUUGCUUUAAAACUUAAAGUAACAUGUCUAUGCUCGCGGAACCACGUCGAAAACAAAAAUGGACACUAAACCCACGAGGAAAAGAAUGGAGCGAAGAUUCGAACAAAUUCGGGCAGAAAAUGUUAGAAAAGAUGGGAUGGACAAGUGGCAAAGGACUCGGAGCAAACGAACAAGGUAUAACGGAGCACGUACGUGUAUCGGUUAAAAAUGAUACAACAGGUAUUGGAUAUAAACAGGAUGCCUUAGACGAAGCAUGGACAGAGCAUCAAGAUAGUUUUAACGAUUUUUUACAGAAGCUUCAACAAAAUGAAUGUCACAAUGCGGCGCAAACAGAGGAAAGCAAAGGUGUAUUAAGUGGAAAAUCGUUAGAAUUGAAAUCUAAACAAAGCCGUGCUCGUGUUCAUUAUCAAAAAUUUACAAGGGGGAAAGAUGUAAAUAAAUAUAGUUCAAAGGAUUUAGCAAAUAUAUUUGGCCAAAAAGAAUUGAAUAUAAAUAAAAGUAAUAAAGAUAAACAAUGCAAUGCCGAAGAAAACUUUGAUUCAGUUGGCACUUGUGAUAACAGAAACGGUGUUAUUACUAUAAAUAGUGGUAAUAUGACAGAUUAUUUUAUGAAGAAAGGUCAGAAUUUUUCUCUGGCAUAUAAGAAUAGAAAACAACAGGAGGAUGAUAUAGAAGAGGAAUCUGAAUAUGCUGGAUUUGGAUUUGCAUCAACAUCUAGAAAAGUAAAAUGCCAUGAUAAUAAGGAAAGCAUGGAAGUUAAAAGUGUUUGUAAUUAUGCUUUUGAAAACCCCUGUGUGGAAUUAAAUAGCCCUGAAAAUAUUUCAAAUUUUAAUAUUGAAUCUAAAUUUUCUAACAAAAAAAAACUUGAUGAAAAUGAAUUGCAUUUAAGCAGCAAGGUUAAGAAAUUUAAAGAGAACAGUGUAAAUGAAAAUAGAUGUGCGAGUGGUAUUAUCAAUGCCGGUUUAAAUUUAGAAUGUCAAGCUGAUGAAGUUUGUAAUGGAAAAGAAUUUGAAAUAUCUAGAGUACAAUUUGGCCUUACAAAUUCAGCUUUAGAUCUAAGUGAUGAAAUAAAUGAUAAGAAAAGAGUGACAUUUAAUGAUCAUGUAGAAUAUAAUAUUGAUUGUGUAAAAAAGAAAAAAACAUUAGACAAAUUUGAGGUUGAAAAUAAGAAAGCUAAAAAGAAGAAAAAACAUAACUCUGAUGUUAAUAGUUCAGUGUUAUCUGGUUGUGUUAAUGAAGCUUUGGAUGUAGGAACACCCGAGGAAGUACAUGAUAAUGAAGUUAAUGAACAUAAAAGUAAAAAAUCUAAAAAAAGAAAAAGAAGUCGUCGAUCGAAUUUAGAAACAAUAGUAGAAACGCCAGAAGAAGAGAAAGCAUAUGAAAAUGAAACAGAGACUGAGCAAACCAAAAUGGAAGAUUACAUAGCUGAUGAUUGUAUACUUGAAGAUGUCUCAAGUAAGAAGAAAAAAAGGAAAAAGGAUAAGGAUAAAAUACAAGUUACCACUGAGAAUAGAUGCGAUGAAAAAGAAAGUAUGGAAGAAGAAACAGCGGCAAACACAAAUGUAAUACUUAAGGAAGAAGAGUGCAAAAUUGAUGAAACUCGAGAGAAUAUUUCUAAAAGCAAAAAGAAAAAGAAGAAGAAAGAUAAAGUGAGAUAUACUGAGCCAAACUUUGAAAAAAACGAGGAUAUAACUGAAAUUGAAGUUGAACUGGAAAAUGUAAAAGCAGAGAAAACAGAAUUAGAAACUGUGAAGGCAGGAAAAAAGAAAUCUAGAAAGAAUGACAAUGUAAAUGAUCUUAGUUCUAUAACAAAUGUACCAACCAAUAUACAAGAGGAAAAGGAAGUUUCCGAUAAGGAAAAUACGAAAAAUAUGAAUGAAAGUGAAACAGAAAAACCAGAGAAAGAAAAAAAAUUUACAGAUAAAUCUGCAAAUCAUUCCAUAGAUGGUAAAAAAUUUGUGAAACAAAGGAAUAAGAUAUUUACAAAUACACGUACGAAGAAGUUCAAUAACAGAAGAUCUAAUACUUCAUCUAGGAAUUGCAAACAAAGAUCCAGAAUGCCAAAGAAAUUAUUGAUGUCUCUAUUUUACUCAAAGUCAAUCUUAGAUUUUCCAGGUUCUAACAUGCAUGAAAUAAAAGGAUAUGGAGCUGAUCAACAUUAAAGUGUAAAAAAAUUGUGAACAUGUUUCUAAUAUUUUGUGCAUAAUAUAUACAAGACAUUUAAAGGAUCAGCUAUAACGAUGUUUAUCCAAGAUAACAUAUUUCUGCAAAUGUGCAGAAUUUCUUUUAUUUAUAUUUUUAUUUAUAAUGUAAUUAAUGUAAUUAUUGAUAAUUAUCUUUAUAUAUAUGUGUAUGCAUAUACGUUAUACAUAUAAGCAUAUUACGUAUAUAUUUACAGGGAUGCAAUAUUAUCCUCUAUUUUUACAAUUUCCUUUAUCUCUGAUGUAAGUUUUUGUUUAAAUUUAUUUAUAUUUAAUAAUUCUUCUUCAGUUACUUGAACUGUAUCAGUAGGUAUACAUUCAUUUUCUGUUGAAAGUAUAGUAUACCCCAGAUUUUCUAAUUGCGUUAUAACUUUUUCUGGAUGAAGAAAUUCACUUUUAAACUAUAACAAAUGAAAAUAAAGAUACAUUGUAUGAAAAUAGAAAUCUGUUUGAUUAAAUUGUUGGAAUAAAAGGAUUUAAAUUUUAA